AUGACACAGAAACGAGUCUUUGAAUCCACACGCGCACACACACGCCCUCCACCCGUGAUGCACAAAAAGCGCGGCGGAGGGUCGAGGUCAACUCACCCUCAGCUCUUUCUGCUUGUCAAAAUGGUGAUCUAAAAACUCACCUCUGCUACGCUGUCGUGAAAACGUUUGACUGAAAACCUUUGCUGUGUUCCUCUUUUCGCAGUACGGGGGGGCACUGGAUCCGCAGGAGCGAAGAAAGAGGAAAAAAACAAAUAAAGUCGAAGUCUUGACACGCAUCUACAAAAAGGAUCGUAGAGCAGAGAGUAGAGUAAGUAGUCUAUCUAUCUAUCUAUCUAUCUAUCUAUCUAUCUAUCUAUAACGUUAUAUAGAUAGAUAUAUAGUUAUACGCUUUUCUCUUUUUUAUUUUUUUUUGUUUUUGUUUUCCUUCUUUACCCUGUCGUGAAAACGUUUGACUAAAAACCUCCACUGUAUUCUUCUGUUGCACAGACUCUUUUCGUAGCGAAGAGCGAAGAAGGAGGAAAUUCGUCUGUGAAUCAACUUAGAGGAGAAAAAAAGCGCUCUCCUGUACUGGCUGGCCUCUGCGGCUACAGCCGAAGACGAUCUCGACCUCGAGACCUCGAUCUCGAGAAAAAGGAGCGGACCGCGGCCGAAUGA